AUGGAGAGGGCUUUGCACAUUUUCUUGGCCACGAACGAUUUGCACAAGAGGGCUGGCUGGACUUCAAUGACCGGCCAUGCAUUGGAUCUAGCAGCCAUAAACCAGCUCCCUGGUCUAAAACAUCACAUCCGCUAUGUUGCUUUGGACGAGUAUCAGAUGUACUUCAGAUUGCGGUAUGACUUCAUCGUGAGGGAGAAGCAGUGGCUUCCUGAAAACCCCAAUGAAGUUGACGUGGAGAUGGUGGAUGCAUUGCCUGACGUCCAUCAUUUGCUGAUCUUCACCAAGGAUGAGCUUGGACAGCCCUUGCAACUUGUUGGAUCAUUGAGGCUCGGAUUUACAUCAAUCCUGGAACAUACCUUGGCGGGAAGCCGGUCAAUGCAGCAAUUUCUGACGACUUCUGACAGGUUGCAGCUGCAAAAGUUCUUUCAGCAAGGAGACGUUCUCGAAGUCUCACGGUUAUGCGUGACCAAAGACGCGGAUGCUGCUGAACGCAAGGAUGCCAUGAAGACCACACAGCUUUUAUCAGUUUUCUCGAAGAUGUACUGCACACCAUCGCCCGUGUUUGUGCUGUUUCAGGCUUUCCAGCGUGCAAUCGAAGUUGCCCAUCUUCACAUAUUUCCUGCGAAUCAGAGUUACAUGGCCGACCUGGUUCCAGUUGAAAGUGAAAAGUGCUCUGUACUCUGCACUGCUUUCACAGCGUUUGACACCACAGCCAUGAGCGAUGUUGACGAUGACAUCAAGAAGCGUUCCACGUCCAGAAAUGCUGUCCAGGAGGGCCUUAGUUGGAAAGAUAUCGCAUGGUUAAUGUUAUCUGACAUUGUGGGAACGUCAGUAUUGACACUGAAUGGUGUUGCCGCCAAAUUGGGAUGGGUGUUGACGAUUGCUUUCAUUGGCGGGCUUUUCCCGGUGGCUCUUUAUUCUUCCUUGCUCAUGAGCAGGACACGUGGUAUACUGAGUCGAAUGUUUGGUACCGACAAGACAGUUGGUCUCGGCACCAUGGGAGAGAUAGCAGCUUGUGUUUUCGACUCCCAGCGAGCGGGGCAGAUAGUCAUCAUUAUUGUUUAUGGCUACACUGCUCUGGGCCAAGCUUCUUACAUGCUAGUUAUGGGACGAGCGCUUCAGAUGUCGCUCUAUGACUUGCCGCUCUGUCUCCCUGCAGCGGUCCUUUUAACUAUUGUGGCCUUGGUGGUUCCAAUUUUCGGAGUUCGGAAGCUCAGCGAGUCCGUGCCACUUGCUUUCUUUAACUCGCUGCUCAUCGUAGCUGUGAUAGUUCUUGCUCUGUACCGCGCCGGAACAACUACGCCACCAUGUCCCCACACCUUCUAUUUUGAUCCAGGUUUGAGUGGAAUGGUUGUAUUGGGCGCUGCUACAAAUGUUGUUUACAGCUAUGCCGGGCAGUGGAUGUACUUUGAACUGAUGGACACGAUGGCAGCUCCGGAGGACUUCCCAAAGUCCUUCUCCAUUGCAGGUCCUUUCAUGCUCAUCUCGUACUUGGCCGUGGCCUGCCUGGGGUAUGGCUUCGGAUCGGGUUCCGGCGACUUGAUCGCCGGCAUGCCCCAUGGUCCGAUGCUCCAGGCUGCGGCGGCAAUGCUCUUCAUCCACGUCCUGAUCGUCUACUUGAUCAAAAGUGUCGUGUUGGUUCACUUCUUGCAUGGAUGCUGGAAACCGAACCAGGUGGACGCACGGGGACUCCGCUCGUACGUUCAGCACGGAGGCUUAGGCGUCCUCCUCCUCUUGAUGGGCUUCGUUGUGUCCAACAUGGUACCCUUCUUCUCCCAGCUGCUGGGCAUCAUCGGAGGCCUUUUUGCAGGACCCAUUGGGUUCCUCUUUCCGAUCACCUUCUUUCUCUUGGCACGAGGACGAGAGGUUCUUGCCGGAAGGGAGGAGCAUGAAAGUCUGCCUAUGGAACUGCAGGCAUCUUCAGAAGAAGUGGCCAUGUGCGGUGGUGAUGAUGACAAAGAGGAAAGCACAGAAACAAGUUCCUUUGCAAGCUACGAGACUGAACUGGGUGGUGGAAGAUGCAGGUACCUGGUGAUCGGUUUCAACUCGCUUCCGCUCUGGGAGCGGACUACGAUCGUGGGUACAGUGUUAUUCAUCGUAGCCACGAUGGUGUUCGGAGUUGCGGACGAGAUCUUCGAGGUUAUAGAGAUGUGGGACCGCUUGGGAGCUCCUUUCCAGUGCCACCACCUGCAGCCACCGUUUCACAUAAUACCGGUAGCCAGCUUGAUCUUGAUCAGGAAGGAGCCUCGAAUAGCAGCCUUUGGGAGUAGCAGCCAGAACUCUGCACACAUGGCGGCGUCGAUCGACGAGCUCAUCAACGCCAACGACAUGGUGGUCUUCUCGAGCAGCAGCUGCCCUUUCUGUCGGCAAGCUCUCUCUGCGCUGCGUGAUGCAGGCUACACGCCAAAGGUUGUGGAAGAUUUUGACCGAAGCGCCCUGAGUGCCAAGUGUGGCUCCACAAGCGUCCCCAAGGUCUUCGUCAAGCAGAACUUCAUUGGAGGUUGCAACGACGGAGGCAUGGGAGGCACACUGCCUCUCCUGAAGAACGGCAAAAUCAAGGUUUUGGAUGCCUUUGAUGUUGGCCAAUAUGAAGCUGUUCUUACAUUUUCACCUACACCUGGUGACUUCGGGAGCUGGGCACCAGUACAGCAGCUUCUCAACGAGGGUAUACUCGAAAAAAAUGAGGGCUGGUCUGGAUUGAUGGCAGACCAUGUGCAGGAGCAAGCCAUACGCAUUGAGUACAGCGAACCAGGCAGUCUUAACCAGGGCGAGUUUGAUUUGGUCAAGAUCUCCUCGUGGAAUGGAAAUCGCAUAGUGACAAAGAGUUAUGGUGACUGCAAGGUGGAUUAUUCGGCGACGUGCAUCGGAACGUCGGUGUCCUUGGUAUUGGAAGAUUCCGGUGGCACUCGGAGUGACACCAGGCCAAUUUCUAAAUAUCGGACGACGGAGCUCCACACCUCCUCGUUCACCUUUUCGCAUCUACUGCGAGAUCCUGACAAAGAGAUCGAAUUGCACCUGCCCAUCAACAAGCGUUUGGUGAUGCAUGCGGACGGUUCCACGGUGACCUUCAGGCGGAUAGAGCCUCUUCCCCUGGAGGAGCAGCUCAAGAAUCCGAGCCAGCUGCGUUUCUUUGCAAGUGUCCCACGAUUAGCCAGCUGUCUUCCAGAGCCUGGCGAUCACAUCUUUCGCUCCCAGAGGAAUACAACCAGUUUCAGCGCCGAAAAAUGCUCUGCAUGCUACAACUUCCUCGAGUCCAGUUUGAAGGAUAUGAAGCAGUGCUCUACCGCAGAGACGACGGCAAGCCUCAUCCGAUGCAAGCAGUUUGCCGCGAGAGUCAAGCAGGAGAAUGACGGCGUGCAGUCGACUCUCAGGAAGAGCAUGGAGCAUCGGGGCAAUGACCUCACCAUGGAGCUGGCCUGGCAACUGGGUUGUCAGGAUUUGGGCUGCUGUCCACUGGAUCCUGACACUGCAGAGCUGCUGGCUGCAGAGGCGACGAGCCUCCAUGCCCGAGAGAAGUUUGGCGAAGCAGCCAGGGCAAGACGGCACGAGGAGGUUGGACAACUCAAGCAAGAAGGGCUGGCAGAACAUGUCUUGAAGGACCCUGACACGCGACAGCGCCUGGAAACUUUGAUGAAGAUGCAG